AGUUUAUCACAUUCAGGGUUGGUGUUCAAGAGAAGAGGGUUGAGGAUCAUGUCUAACAGGGUGGAGAUCAGAAAGAAGGCUCGAGAUAUAGAGCUUUGGGAACUAAGGCAAAUGCUGCAGGAUCCGAGUAUUGAUAUUUUGAAUGAUGUUGAUGCCAAGUUCGAGAAAGACCCUGAUAGAAUAAUCACGGAACUUGAAUUAAAACAUAAAAAACCUCAAAACGAUUUUAUGAAUAAGCUAUCUUUACCCAAAGGUUCUGAAGCUCCGAGGGAAUUACGAAGAAAAGAAUUUGUUUUAAGAAAUUCAACUUUAACAAAUCUUUGGAGAAGUCCUAAUGUACGCUCUUUAUACAACUUAAUUCUUGCUUUUUUUGUAUUCCUGUACCUGCACAUCGCUAUCUUCUAUUACUUUAAUGUUGAACGGUUAAAAAGAGAUUUAGCAUUGGUUUCAUGGUCAUUUGGUCAGUUUCACAUUGUUACUGCCGUAUGGAUUGGCAUCAACUUAUCGAUUGUUUUCUUUUUACAUCCUGUCUUUCGAUUCUGGGCUUCUUCUAGAGCAUUUGCGAAGAAGAAGGAUGAUGAUGAGGAAUCAAACUCACCUCCUUGUCUAGAAGUAGGAAAACUGAUAUAUUUUUUAUUUGCACCUACAUUAAUUUACAGAGAUAGCUAUCCAAGAACAUCUGGUAUUCGCUGGGGUUUCGUUGCCUGGAAUCUUUUGCAAUUAUUUCUUAUUGUAUUGGGUGACUAUAUUGUCUACAUUUGUUUCUUAGCGAAUAGCUUCAACAAGGCGGGCAUUGAACCCAUACCCAUAACUCAUUUUGUGUGUUUGAUGGCUAUUGCAAUCUUCGCAGGUAGUAUGAUCUCGUUCGUAACGUUUUAUCCCAUAUUACACUGUUUGCCGAAUGCUUUUGCUGAAAUGCUGAGGUUUGGCGACAGAUUGUUUUAUGAAGAUUGGUGGAACUGUACUUCCUAUACAAAAUUUUACCGAUCUUGGAAUAUACUUGUACAUGAUUGGCUGUACUUCUACAUAUAUUGUGAUAUGUACGCUAUUUUGAAAAGCAGAACUGUUGCUAUGUUGUCAGUUUUUCUGCUAUCUGCAAUUGUUCAUGAAUAUAUCGUAGCCGUUUCUCUCAGAUUUAUAUUCCCUCCUUUAUUCACAUUAUUUUACAUAGCUGGUAUUAUAUUCAUUUUUAUGACUCGAAGAAGAACCUCAAACUUCUGGAACUUUUUCCUUUGGUUUACUUUGUUGCUAGGAUAUGGACUUUUACUAGUUUUCUACUCUUUGGAAAUGUCUGCCAGGAUCAACUGCCCGAGGAUUUUAGCCAGACCAUUUCACCUACACCUACCAAAUUUGGUACAUGUAUACCUUGGAGGUCGGGAAUGUGCACCUGGGGUUCCUUUUUUUGAAUUUUUAAUUAGAAUUUUAACUUUUAAUUAAAAACUAACUUUCCCGCCAAACAAAUUAUUUCUUUCCCCACCGCCAAAUGAGUAAGGCUUCAACAUUUUUUCCCAACAGCAAUGAGGCUUAGGCGUAACAUUUUCCUGCCGAUUAAUUCAAACGAUUCUAUUCAUUUUCUUAAUGUUUUAUGCAUUUAAAAUUAAAGAUUAUUAAUUAAUCGAUCUUUCAGAUUCAUUCUGAAGUACUUUUGAAUUAAAAUAACUCAGAUUAAAGGAAAUUAAAAAUUUCU